CACUGAUAAUGGGUACUGAUAGACAGCACUGAUAGGUGGCACUGACUGACAUCACUGCUGGGCACUGACUGGCGGCACUGCUGGGCGCUGACUGGCACAACCGCUGGGCACUGACUGGCACAGCCGCUGGGCUGCACUGAUGGGCACUGGUGGGUGGCACUGAUGGGCACUGGUGGGGCACUGGUGGGCACAGGUGGGUUGGCACAGGUGGGUGGCACUACUGGGCACAGGUGGGCGGCACAGGUGGGUGCAUUGCUGGACACAGGUGGGUGCACUGCUGGGCACAGGUGGGUGCACUGCUGGGCACAGGUGGGCGGAACUUGUGUGUGGCACUGCUGGGCACAGAUCAUCAGGGCACUGAUGAUC